AUGGCACAAUUGUUCAUCAAAACAACCAGAAAGCAAUUUAGAGUCAAACUCAUGAUACCAAUUAUAAAAGGGAUAAUUUCAGAUACCUCCCCUGAGGUUUCUGACAGAAUGGUGGAAAAAGAGAAAGAGAAAGAGAAAGCGAAGGAGAAUGGUGAAGUGACGACGGUGACAGAAUCGACGGCUAGGGAAUUAGAGGAGCUGCCGAAGACAAUUGUCCUGCGGCUGGUGAAAGAUAAGCUCUCUCAGCUCUCUGCCGAGUCUGAAAUCUCCGUUUUCCGCGAAGCCCUGCAGGCCUUCUCUGAAAGUGGUCGCAUCUUCAUCCACUACCUCACCGCAGCUGCAAAUGAUAUAUGCAAGGAGUCGAAUAGGCAGAUAAUAAAUGCUGAGGAUGUUUUCAAGGCGCUUGAGGAGAUAGAUUUUCCAGAGUUUGUUCAGUCUCUCAGGGCCUUUCUUGAAGAAUUUCGCCAAAGGAAUGCCUCUCAGACAUUUUUUUUUGGCUUAGUUUUGGUUUUCCUGAAAUCUUUCAUUGGGCCUAUAGCCCUUUCCUUCUAUUGACAUUGAACAAAGCGUGCACUCAUUGUUACAAACCACAAAUUUAUUUUAAUGUUGGGGUUGAGCAGCUUUUUUUUUUUUAAUCUUUGAUCAGCUCUUGUACUAGUUCUGAACUGGAAACAAGAUUUACACACUAGUGUCUUGUGCGCA